CCCUCCGCGCGGCCCGUUCCGCCAGGCUCCCGCCGCCCGUGGGCUGACGUGUCUGCUGUUUCUCGGCGGCUCGACCAGUAGGGCCGUGAUGGCGGAUGCCUGGGAAGAGAUCAGGCGGUUGGCGGCCGACUUCCAGCGGGCGCAGUUCGCCGAGGCCACGCAGAGGUUGUCAGAGCGGAACUGCAUUGAGAUUGUGACUAAAUUGAUUGCUCAGAAACAGCUAGAAGUAGUUCAUACACUUGAUGGCAAGGAAUAUGUUACUCCGGCCCAAAUUAGUAAAGAAAUGAGAGAUGAGCUACAUAUCCGAGGUGGUCGGGUAAACAUUGUUGAUCUGCAACAGGUAAUUAAUGUGGAUCUGACUCAUAUUGAAAAUAGAAUUGGUGACAUUGUUAAAUCAGAAAAGCAUGUUCAGCUAGUGUUGGGACAGCUGAUAGAUGAAAACUAUUUGGAUCGGUUAGCAGAAGAGGUAAAUGAUAAAUUGCAAGAAAGUGGUCAGAUAACCAUAUCAGAACUGUGUAAAACCUAUGAUCUUCCUGGGAACUUUCUCACACAGGCACUAACUCAGAGACUAGGUAGAAUUAUUAAUGGACACAUUGAUCUUGAUAACAGAGGAGUAAUAUUUACUGAAGCUUUUGUAGCUCGACAUAAAGCACGCAUCCGUGGACUGUUCAGUGCUAUUACCCGGCCUACAGCAGUGAAUUCUUUGAUAUCAAAAUAUGGAUUUCAGGAGCAGCUUCUUUACUCUGUCCUUGAAGAACUUGUUAAUAGUGGACGCUUACGAGGCACUGUGGUUGGUGGGAGACAAGAUAAGGCAGUGUUUCUACCUGACAUUUAUUCCAGAACACAGAGUACUUGGGUGGAUUCCUUUUUCAGGCAGAAUGGCUAUCUAGAAUUCGAUGCUUUGUCCAGACUGGGAAUCCCAGAUGCUGUGAGCUACAUAAGGAAAAGAUACAAGACUGCACAACUCUUAUUUUUGAAAGCAGCUUGUGUGGGUCAAGGACUUGUGGAUCAGGUGGAAGCAUCGGUAGAGGAAGCCAUCAGCUCUGGAACAUGGGUUGAUAUUGCACCUCUGCUUCCCAGUUCUUUAUCAGUUGAAGAUGCUGCAAUGUUGCUUCAACAAGUGAUGAGAAAAUUCAGCAAACAGCCUUCAGCUGUAGUCUUUAGCGACACUGUUGCAGUCAGUGAAAAAUUUAUAAAUGACUGUACAGAACUCUUCAGUGAACUGAUGCACCAAAAAGCUGAAAAGGAAAUGAAAAAUAAUCCAGUUCAUUUAAUCACUGAAGAAGAUCUGAAACAAGUCUCCAUUUUAGAAAGUAGUAAUACAAGUAAAAAGGAUAAAAAAGAUGAACGAAGAAGGAAAGCAACAGAGGGCAGUGGAAGUGUGAGAGGAGGAGGUGGGAGCAAUGCCAGAGAGUACAAAAUUAAAAAAACCAAGAAGAAAGGAAGAAAAGAUGAUGAUAGUGACGAUGAGUCAUCUCACACUGGAAAGAAGAAGCCAGAGAUCACUUUUAUGUUCCAAGACGAGAUUGAAGACUUUUUAAGAAAACGUAUACAAGAUGCGCCUGAGGAGUUUCUUUCUGAACUAGCUGAGUACUUAAUAAAACCUCUUAAUAAAAUUUACCUUGAGGUGGUACGUUCAGUAUUCAUGUCUUCAACAACUUCUGCCUCUGGAACUGGCAGAAAGCGCACAAUCAAGGACUUGCAAGAAGAGGUUUCAAACCUAUACAAUAAUAUUCGAUUAUUUGAAAAGGGGAUGAAGUUCUUUACAGAUGAUACCCAAACUGCCCUUACCAAGCACUUGCUAAAGACAGUCUGUACUGAUGUCACUAAUCUCAUUUUCAACUUCUUAGCUUCGGAUUUAAUGAUGGCAGUUGACGAUCCUGCAGCCAUUACAAGUGAAGUAAGAAAAAAAAUUUUGAGUAAAUUAUCAGAAGAAACUAAAUUAGUCCUCACAAAACUCCAUAGCUCCUUGAAUGAAAAGAGCAUAGAAGACUUUCUUUCUUGUCUGGAUUCUGCAGCAGAAACUUGUGAUAUUAUGGUGAAAAGGGGAGACAAAAAAAGGGAAAGGCAGAUUCUGUUCCAGCAUCGACAAGCACUGGCUGAACAGCUAAAAGUCACAGAAGACCCUGCUCUUAUCCUGCACCUCACAUCAGUCCUGUUGUUUCAGUCCUCAACCCACAGCAUGCUCCAUGCACCUGGAAGAUGUGUCCCCCAGAUCAUCGCUCUUCUUAAGAGUAAAAUUCCAGAGGACCAGCAUACACUUUUGGUAAAGUAUCAAGGAUUGGUUGUAAAGCAUUUAGUUCAUCAAAAUAAGAAGACUGGGCAGGAAGAGGAUCCCUUGAGUAAUGAAUUAGACAGUGAAGAAGAAGAUAGCACCAGUACUACUCGGAAAGAACUUCAAGAACUUUCUUCAUCCAUUAAAGACCUUGUUCUCAAAUCCAGGAAAUCAUCUAUGACAGAAGAGUAAUGAACUUAAUUUACUUUUGCCAUGUAGUAAACGUUUUUCCCCAAAGUUACUGCUGAGUUAUAAAUAAUGUUUAUUUCACAAUCUCCAAUCUCCCAUUAGCCCACAAUUUAGUUAAAACAGUACUGUUGUAUUCAUUGUAAAUUUUAUAAAAAUGUGAAUUUUUGUAAAUUGAGUUCUCCAUGGAAGAUUUCUUUAGACAUUAUAACUCUAAAAAUUAUACAUUUAUUUUCUUUCCGUGUACUGAAUGAAGAAUAAAUUUUCUGAUGUCUUUCAUUUCUAGGAAAGGGCUCAUUGUUGUGUUAUAUUUCUAGUGACAUAUUUUUACAUUUUAGGCAAAAAUUUAAAAUGUGGUCAUGUUUUUUUAAAAAGAAAAAUAUCCCUCUGCUGUCAAAAAUGAAAAUUGUGUAUUUUAUUUUAAAGUCAAUAUAAAAUCCUUCAAAAAUAACAGAAAUUUGCAAAAUACUUUUUUAUUGCUGAGCCCUUGCUCUUAUUUCUGGCAGAUAGAGGUUCUUCCAUCUUCCCACAGGAGUGAACUGUUAUGCGGUUGGAAUCUUUAGGGAUGCUUUUACAGCGGAAGAACAUCUAAGUGACCCAUGUGUUCCUGUGUUCUAUUCUAAAACAAGACGCUAACAAAAGAAAGAAUAAAAUUUGCUGCUAAUAGGUAUGUCAUAAGUUACCAAUGGAAUAACUAAAAGUGUUAUGCAAAUAUUUUUUCCAUUUGGCAUUAAUCCAUUUUGCAUUUCUAAGUGUCAUUUCUUUAAUCAGUAGUCACUCUAGCAACUAAUGCUUUGUUGUGGAGAGAUUUCUAAGUGUAUUUACAUCAUUGCAAGCUUUUUAAAAAAUAAAAAUAAAAACCCUUAUAAAGAACUAGGUAUUCUUGUUUUUCUAAAGAUUAUUAGUAGUUAAAACUAAUUAAAUUAAUCAAGCUAAUUAAAACUAAAAUAGUUCCUUGGAGUAAUCAUUUCAAUCUAAGCAACAAUUCGUUACAUAUCAAAAGGAAUUUAUUUUGAAUAUAAUAGUAAAUUAAAUCUCAAAUAUUAAAAAAUACUGUUGUAUAUCAUUCCUUGUGUGGCAUUUAAAACUCUAUGUUUUAAAAUGUUUGAAUACAAAGAUCAGUCUGCCUACCUCUACUCUAAUUCUAGACAAAGUGUUAGUAAUGGAGUAAAAGGAAUUAUAUAUUUACAGACUAUUAUUAAAGUUGAUAGGAAUGUAAUGUAAAUUUUAAAAUGUUUUUCCAUUGGCAUUUUUUUAUUAAUGUAUUUUCAGAAAAAUGAAAAUCCUCUCACCACCAACUCCAGUUAGUUUUAUGUGCUUAUUCGGCUUUCAAAAUAUUGAACACCCAACAUAAUUUUUUAUUCAGUCUUUGCUUAAGAACUUUAUCAUUUAUGUUUCAGCAGAUACCAAAGUAAUCUUUGUUUUUGUCAAACUAGAGAAUAGUUUGUGAAAAUAAAAUACCUUAAUUUUUGAAAAUAAAAGAUAAAAUGAAGCAA